UACUUCUCCUUCCUACGUGCCUCUCUCUCCUCGUUUUGCGCCUUAAUCUUCUCUCCUCUCUCGUUCCACCGAUCCAGAUCUGAUCGAUCUUCUCCUAACGCAGAGAGAGUACUGUGAGAGCGAAAGAAUCAAACCGCGCGAUUCAAAGUAGCUAGCUACAACUAAUUAACGUAAUGGCGGUGGUAUCACCUCUAGCAAAGUACAAGCUGGUGUUUCUCGGAGAUCAAUCGGUCGGAAAAACCAGCAUCAUCACCCGUUUCAUGUACGAUAAAUUCGACACUACCUAUCAGGCUACUAUUGGUAUUGAUUUCUUAUCAAAGACAAUGUACCUUGAAGAUAGAACAGUUCGCUUGCAGCUUUGGGAUACCGCAGGCCAAGAAAGAUUUAGAAGUCUUAUUCCAAGCUACAUAAGAGAUUCCUCUGUUGCAGUUGUUGUCUAUGAUGUCGCAAAUCGCCAAUCAUUUUUGAACACUUCAAAGUGGAUUGAAGAAGUACGCACUGAGCGAGGUAGUGAUGUGAUCAUUGUUCUUGUUGGAAACAAAACAGAUCUUGUUGAUAAAAGGCAAGUAUCAAUAGAAGAAGGAGAUGCUAAGGCCCGCGAAUUCGGAGUCAUGUUUAUAGAAACCAGUGCAAAAGCUGGAUUCAAUAUCAAGCCCCUAUUCCGAAAGAUAGCGGCUGCAUUGCCAGGGAUGGAAACACUUUCAUCUACGAAACAGGAAGAUAUGGUUGAUGUGAAUUUGAAGCCUACCACAAACACUAACAACUCAGAGCAGCAAGGAGGAGGUUGUGCGUGCUAGAGUUUGUUCCAAGAGGAGGAAUGAGGAUACUAGAUAAAUAUGCAAAACUAUAUUAGGGUGUUUGAUUGGAUAAGUUUUUAUCUUUAUAUAUACAUCUUCUCCAUGUAGUUCAAAAUUUUUGGAAAUACAGAGAGGGAGGCUGCCCGUCUUCUCUAUGUGAUUAUGAAUCAAACUAAUCAGGCUCUUAAUUAAUUUUGGUAUUUUGGGUA